CCCCAUCUCAACGCAAACCCAACUGUCUUGGUUGCGCAAGCACCAAGCAGGUGGAAGAUGAUGGAGGUGGCGGGGGCUCAGGCCCGCGCGGUUCCCCUCCUGCUCCGCAACACCGCCUCCCUGCGGACCUCCGUCUCCGUCUCCUGCACGGGCUCCCGCCGGAGCUGGGUGGCGGCGGCCACGGCGGAGGGGGACGAGACCCGCGGCUUCGACAAGGUGCCCAUGGACACCCCCGGCGCGUACCGCCUGGUAGACCGGGACACCGGCCGCAGCGUCAUCGUGUGGGGCGGCACCGACGACAGCGACGAGGCCUCCAUGCCGUCCCCGGCGGUGCUCUCCCGGACCACCGACCGCCGCCACAGCCAAGGUGUUGGGGGAGGUACAGGUAUCGGGAAUUUCGGCAGGUUCAAGGCACAGAAAAUAAAAUCCUUGGUCACGAGGUCAGCUCACCGCAAGAGGGAGAGUUCUAAUCGCUCAAGCACUGCCUGGUCUGAUGAAUCUUCUUUCAAUGGCUCUGAUGAUGAAGAGGAAAGCUAUUUUGAGAGAAGAAAGCAUGUCUCAGACUCUGAACGCCACCCGAAGAUGAGCAGUGGCUCCAGAGAUGGAAGAACUCGAAGUGCACAUUCUCUGAGUUCUGUUUUGAGCCAAUACAGAGGCGAUGAUGAUACAGACUUCCCUGGUUCAGAGGCUACUUCUGGUUCCAAACGAUGGGGUAAUGUUGCCGAUGUUACUUAUGGACGGCAGAAUCAGAAGCAAAGGGAGCCUCUGAAUUUCCCUCAAAGAAAAGGGCCUCUGGACGGCGGAUUUUUCAGUCGCAGAUCUUUCAAGGAGAUUGGCUGCAGCGAUGAAAUGCUAGGUGCGUUGAGAAAUUUUGAUUUCCCUCGUCCGUCUCAUAUCCAGGCUAUGGCAUAUGGGCCUAUCUUAGAGGGGAGGAGUUGUGUUGUUGCUGAUCAAAGUGGGUCUGGCAAGACACUGGCAUAUCUUUGCCCUAUAAUACAAAACUUAAGGAACGAAGAAGUUCAAGGGCUCCAUAAAUCAUCCCCUAGGAACCCCAGGGUGAUAGUAUUGACCCCUACUGCUGAACUUGCUUCUCAGGUCCUUAACAACUGCCGGUUGAUAUCAAAAUCUGGGGUUCCAUUUAGGUCUAUGGUUGCAACCGGAGGAUUUCGACAAAAGACUCAGUUAGAGAGCCUUGACCAAGAGCUCGAUGUAAUUAUAGCAACACCUGGCCGUUUCUUGUAUCUGCUUCAAGAAGGCUUUGUGCAACUAGCUAACCUCAGAUGUGUUGUGUUGGAUGAAGUGGACAUUUUAUUUGGUGAAGAAGGUUUCGAGCAAGUGCUUCAUCAGUUGAUCACCGUGGCACCAGUGACAACGCAGUAUCUUUUCGUGACUGCCACUCUUCCUCUUGACAUCUAUAACAAGGUCGUUGAAACCUUUCCUGACUGUGAGGUGAUCAUGGGACCCGGUGUCCACCGAACAAGCUCUCGCCUUGAAGAGAUCCUUGUGGACUGCAGCGGAGAUGACAACGAAGAAAAGAAUCCAGAAACCGCCUUUUCGAACAAGAAAACAGCGCUUUUGAAGAUUAUCGAGGAGUCUCCUGUCCGCAAAACAAUUGUUUUCUGCAACAAGAUUGAGACAUGUAGAAAAGUUGAGAAUGCGCUGAGGCGGGUGGACAGGAAGGCCUCGCAGAUCAAAGUUCUCCCCUUCCAUGCUGCGCUGGAUCAGGCCCAGCGCAUCGCAAACAUCAAGGAGUUCCUGAACAAGCAAACGGCUGACUCCAUGUUCCUUGUGUGCACAGAUAGCGCUGAUGCUACCAUUUGAGUUUGACGACGGUCGGUGCAGGGCGUCGCGGGGCAUCGACUUUGCGAACGUGAACCACGUGGUGCUCUUCGACUACCCCCGCGACCCGAGCGAGUACGUGCGGCGCGUCGGGCGGACUGCCCGCGGCGCGUCCGGCAACGGCAAGGCGUUCGUGUUCGCGGUGGGCAAGCAGGUGUCCCUGGCCAGGAGGGUGAUGGAGAGGAACAUGAAGGGGCACCCGCUGCACGACGUGCCGUGCGUCUAGAGACCCUGGAGGGGGAGGUGUCUGAUGCGUGCAAUUGCUGCCUAAACUCUAAGCAUGUUUUUUGUUUCGGAACGUUGUGGGUCAUCUAUCCUAUCCCUCGCUUGACUCUUCUCGGAAAAGGUUCUCGUUCCCAUGAAUCUUGAUCUGCCUCCUGGUAUUGAUAGCGAUUGAUCGAAUUCCUACUCUGGUUUGAGAAGCUUUUCAGUUUUCCUUA